GUUUGCUUUGUGUACGAAAAAAUUUGAGCGCCUUUGUUACUUCGACUUUGGUAAAGGAGAGAAGAUAUUAUAUUGCGUACAAGUUGUUCUACUUUCUGGGUGAAAAUAGGAAAGAGCAAAACACACUUUUGAUAUCAAAAUAUAUGUUUUUAGGACAAAGCAUCUUUAUUGUUUGGAGCCAUCUAAUUACAAAGAUCGUCUUGGUGUUUGUCAUUGGGAGUGUUGCUGGCUUGGUUCUGCUUCCUUUUUCCACAUUCUUUAUGUUUCGCUCAGGAUAUUCGCCAAGAAAAGGAGCAUACUUUAUGAAGAGCUUACAAAGAAACAUUUUAUUCCGAACGCUUCACCAACGAAUGGCAUUUAUAAGUUUUUCAAGUCGCGUGAACUCUCCACAGGUGCAAUUUUGAGCUAAAGUGGCCUAGCAAGGGAUUUGUUGUUAUUUACGUCGAGUUGUUUUUGCGUUGAUAUCGUAUAUUUGCUGUACCAUAGCCAAACGGGAAUCACACGAGUUUCAAACAUGAAGCUGUUGGAAAACACCACUUUUGACUCUCUCAGUACAGAACUGUCUGUUGAGUCAGAAAAUAUCAGAAUUUGUGGCAGCCUUGAAUGUUACUCAUGCAAAAUGACUGGCCAAGACAAAAGACUGUAUAAGAACCUGAAUGCCCAUGGUCAAAGUCCGAAUGACCUAGAAGCUCUCUCUCCACCUGAGUCAUUGCUAAGCAUCUCACCAACUGCCUAUCACAAGGUAAGGUCAAUGAGUAUGGAAGAGGAUGAAAAUGUUGUCAUCUCAUCAACAUGCAACCGAAAAACCUUGUUCUAUCUUAUUGCUACUCUGAAUGCAAGCUUUCAGGAUUAUGACUUCAGCAAUGCAAAGUCAGAAGAAUUUAGCAGGGAGCCGAGUCUACAGUGGGUCAUAGAAUCGAUCAAUAGCAACUUGUCAACUGCUAUUGGUGAACCAUAUGCUAAAAUGAGCAGUAGAUUGUGGUCAAGUAUUGAUGAGCAGAUAUCUUUGCAAGAUUGUAGCAUUUACAGCUAUAACCCAGAUCUUGAAUCAGAUCCAUUUGGUGAAGAGGGAAGUUUGUGGUCCUUCAACUACUUCUUUUUCAACCAGAAAAUGAAAAGGAUUGUUUUCUUCAAUUGCAGGGCAUCCAGCCUAUUUGCCACAAGCAAAGAUGAUUCAGGGUUGGACAGAGAUGGGAUUAUGGAUUUGGAACUAGAUAUGGAAAUGCCAGAUGAAGAAUAUUAUGAGCCUAUAGCAACCCCUGACAGAUUGACACCAUUAAUACUUGGUUAAUGGAUUACAAUAUGAUAAGCCAAGGACAUUAACAUAAGAAAAAUAAAUACACUGUAUUCCUUAAUGUUUUGUUAACGGAAGUUUAUUUGUUAAACGUUAUGUUUGAGAGUGAAGCUGUGAGUAAUUUUCAUGUAUGUACCCAGUGAUGAAUAUCUUAACACAUGUAUAUCCCAUUGUAAGUGUUUAAGACCACCAAAAGAGUUGUAAAUUCUAACCCCCUUUUGUGGAAGUCAAAAGUUUUGUUUUGGUUUUUGAGCUUUUCAGACACCUGUGGUUAUCAAAAGGGAUAUACACUGGGCACCAUCAUGUGAAUUAUCUUUACUUAACUGCUUCUUUGGGUCAUAUAAUUUUCAUUGUUGACUAACGGGGUGAUAUUUACCGAUUGCUAACACUGAAUGUUUGCAUUUUCGUUAAGGAUACUGACUGGUUACAUUUUGGUUUGGAUGCUGACAUAGAAAUUUAGGCUUGUUUUAGGCCGCUAUGGUUAGGCUGUUUGUCGUUUUCAUUAAACAUAAUCUCUUCAUUUUUCAAUUAAUCAAUCAAUCUGUGAAAGUGCUGUCCUCCUCAACACAUGUUAGGAACACAACGAGAAUUCUAGUCCAGUAGACGGUUGAACACUUUUAAGUUGAGUUCUAAUUUUAAAUUCCUGUACAUGAAAUUUAUCAAGAUUAACUAUGCAAACAGUUAACUAAGCUUCACAAUAAUACACAAUAUCACAUAAAAUUAAUGCCUAAAAUGGACAUGAUAUACAAAUCCUAGAUAAAAAAAUAGAUAAAUGUAGGCAAAGAAUUAUUUAGAGGAGGAACUCUUCGUGGUUUUUCAUGGAUGUGUAUCGAGCAAUACCAAUUUGCUCCUGAUACAUUAUCAGAACUGCGAAAAUCUGCCGUCGCCAUUUUGCCUAUUCUGCUUGAAUAAAAUUCCUGGUUUCAUGUCUUUCACUGCAAAAGAACCCUUUAACUGCAACCCAUACCUUUGAUUAUAAUUCCUAAUAGAAAUCUUACCAGUAACAUAUCCACAAUAGGUAAGGCGUCUACUUCAUUUUAAACUUUUUUUGCUUGUGUGCCAUUUGCUUAAAGAACCAUAAAAUGUACAUUUUGAGAUGUUUAUGAAUUUAAACGUGUAGUUAAUUGUUUAAAUGUGCAUAUGUAAGCCUUGCAUUUUAAUCGCUGUAUAUUAGUAUAAGUUAUUGCUGCUUGUAAAGUCUACUUGCUUGUGUAUUAUACGUAACAACACAAA